CUGGAGUGAGACAUUGGCAAGCUUCAUCGAUGCAGAUGAACAGCAUACUCGAUCUGCCACCAGAGCUUAUCCAUGUCUGCUUGUCAUACCUACCGCUCUCCGACAUCCAUACCCUCGAGCACUUCGUCGGAAACACCCUCCUCCGCUCGCUCAUCGCUGGCUCAGUAGCCAUCGCGUACCGCCGCGCCCUCGACUCCGCAUGCGUGGAGGAGAGCCCCGCAUUCGCACACCCCACAUCGUCGCCCCCGCCUGUCUCCGACCGCCUGCGGCUGCUGCACAGGACGAACGAGCGCUUCGCGGCCUUCGAUCCGACGCACCGGGCCUCGCUCACCGUGCCGUUCCCCACGACGAGCAUCUACGACCUCGCGGGCGAUGUGUUCGUGCUCGGCGACGGGUCUGGGGAGAUGAUUGACGGGCGCUGCACAGGCGUGCGCGUGCUGCGGACGCGUGCUGCUGCUGCUGCGGCCGCCCCACAGAACGAGGGACCGGCCGAGGGUGUGGAUGAGGAUGUGUGGCGCAGGAUCAACGCCGGGAAGCCGAUCAUCGACUUCGGGCUGGCAGUGGAGGAGCACGAUCUCAUCGUGAUGGUGACCUACGUGUCGGUCGAUCAGACGCGGCGCCAGAUCGACGUCUCCUUCUUCCAUUUCUCGACUGGCGCGCCCCACUCGCAGGCCCGUCAGCAUGUGCUGCCCGUACAAGAGACGGACACCGCACACGGCCCGCCGAGCGUGUCGAUCGAGAUCGUUGGCGAGAACUUGGCGAUGUCGCUGUUCUACGGCAAUGCGCGGACCGCAGACAAAGACAGCCUGCAUGUCUUCAACUGGCGCACAGGGAUUCGCAAGAAGAGUGACUUCUUCCCUCUCAGCUCCCCGGGCUUGAUCUUCCUGACGCCAAGACACCUCCUCUUUCCAGACGUCCGCGUGCAAUGCUUUGUCGUCGUCGAAUACCCCGACUCCGACAGCGAGGACACCGAGCCAGAGCUAUCACUCCUCGAGUUCCCCGACAUCAAAGGCGGUCAGGAAGUACUCCACGUCCAAUGUCGCGUGUCGCCCACUGCCGCCGCGUCGCCCACUCCCCCCGCGCCAUCCGCGCCCUCGUCACGCUUCGUGCCGCGCGCAGAGGACGCGAUCAUUCUCCUCUCCUUCACGAUGGGCCGCUUCGACCAGCAGGGCCUCCUCGAGGCCGCCGACGAUCACAUCUUCGUCGUCUCGAAGCGGCCGCUGUACGACAAGCUCUUCCGCGGUCCGAUGGCGCGCGAGCGCCUGAGUUGGGACGAGUGGGCCGCGCCGGCAAUGUGCUACCUCGACGGCGAGGACCUGCACUUCCGCUACAUCACGGUGACGCACGGCCAGCGUCUCGUGUACAUCGACCACGCGGCGACGGAGGUCCGCGCCCCCGUGCGCAUCUUGGACUUCAACGCCGGCCGCUUCGAGGACGCGCUGCGGCGUGGUGCGGUCGAUGGCCCGCAUGCGGUCGUACAGCCCAUGGAGGGUGGCAAGGUCAGGGGCAUUCUCAGGCAGGUCCGGACGUUCCGCCGGUCGCUGGUUUCGACGCUGCCGUAUGUGGAGACCACGUCGAAGGAGCUGUUCGAUUGGGGCGCGGCGAUCAUCAACGACGAAUGUAUCCUGGGCGUGCAGUUCGGUGUGAUCGCCCACGCGCUGUCCCUGGAAGUCCUGCAUUUCGGGGAGCUGUAAGGCAGUGUUCUGAGGACGUGAUACCUACACCCAUCUGACUAGAAAAAUGCAUGAUGCGAUGUUGUCUUGUUGGUACUGGAUCGAGCUGGAUGACAUCAGUCCCUCUUCGAGACAAGUGCGCAGUCCAGCUCGAGACGAGACGAGAACCACAAAUAUAUACCCUUGCCUGGCCCUGCUCGGGAGAAGACGUGAUCUUCUCCCGAGAUGUGUUCACAGCGGGACCGCGGCUAGUCCUCUGGGGGUUGUUAGACCUGUGGUGCCUAGCGGAUUGUAGCGCGGGAUCGUUAUUGCUCCCAGUAUUUAUAAACUCGGACUCUGCAUAUAAACAAUCUCCAUCUAACGCUGUGUAUCGUGAUCCCAAUGUUCAAACUCUCCUCUCCUUGGGCGCUCCUCGCGACAGCUGCUUUCGCCGUUGCUGGAAGCACAGCGGAGACACACACUGUCGUGUUCACAAACAAGGCACCGUUCGAGUGGGGACCUGGAGACUCAAGCUCCUGCCCUGGUGGAUUUUAUACCGAUUUACUGGCCUGAUGAUACGAAUCUUUACAGCAACUAAUGUGCCAUGGGGGGUCAGUGCUCGCAUUCUGGGGAUACGGGCACGUUCGCCGAUGAUUCUCUCCCGCGAUUCAACACACUACCUGUCGGCCGGCUCGAAAAUCAAGCAGGUUUCUCACGCGCUUCGAGUUUGGAUACCGUGAACGAAUUCAGUCAGCCUUAAAGGCUCCACUCGUAAUGCACAACUGAACACAGUUGAUCAGAAAUGUAGCGGAGUCGGACCCAAAUAGAGGUGUUGGAAUUAAAUAGAAUUCCUGGGAUGCAGCUCAGCUGUUGCCUUGCUUGUCAAGGCUUCUCCACCCUCAUAAUUCGUUUGAUCCGGUUGCACGCGGUUUGAUCCAAUGUUCCGUAUCAUUCCGCAUGUAAUUGUGCAGUCUCU